AUAAGCCCACAAACAAAUCAACAGAGAAGAGAACCCUCUUAUCAAUGGAUUUCCAAAACGCAAGAUUUGUUGUUUAAUUACAACCCUCUCUUUCUUUAGAACCCAAAAGAAAAAAUAAAAAAGAAAAUUGAAAAUCCUAUAACCAAUCACAGCUACACAAUCUCUCCCUCUCUCUCUCCGUCUCUGUCUCUUUCUCUCUCUAGAUCUGCCUUUAUUACAACCUUUUUAUUUGUUAGAACAUUCUGAGUCUCCCCUUUCAUUGAUUCUCUCAAAUAAAUCCUUCCAAUUUUUGGGCUUUUGAUUAAUUUUAAGCCCUUGGAUUGAAGGAUUUUAUAUUUAUAAAUAUAUAUUUUUUGAGAGAUUGGCAAGGUAUCUUGGAAACCCUUUUACCAUUUUCUUUUUUGCACCCAAAUGUUAGAUUUAGAUUUUUUUUUCCCUUUUAUAUGGUGUUUUAGUUCAUAAUUUGUGAUUUCUGGGUUGUACCCAUUAUCUGCUUUUUUAUUGUUUUAUGUUUCAGAUUGAUGGUGUCUGCAGUCUGAUUUUUGUGACCUAUCCAUGGCCAUAUAAAAUUCGCAAGAUUAAUGGUGUCUGCAUUUAUCAAUGUGUACUUGAUUUCUGAAACUUCUGCUGCGGGGUUGGAGAUUGAGGAGACAUUAGAACAAAGAUUAGUCUUUUAUACUCGUUUGAGAACUAGUUUGAUUGCUGGGUUAUUUGGGUGCGAAUAUGUAAGUAAUGGUAUCAAAUACACUGAUGAGGAUUGUUGCAACUUGUUGGAAGCCUUCUGCUGAGGGGGAAAAUUCUAAUAGAUGCGGAGAUACUAGUGGGCGUGCAGAAGGAUUGUUGUGGUACAAAGAUUCAGGACAGCAUGUCAAUGGGGAGUUCUCAAUGGCGGUAAUUCAAGCUAACAAUUUACUGGAAGACUGUAGCCAACUUGAAUCAGGGCCAAUGAGCUUACUUGAAUCAGGUCCUCAAGGCACAUUUGUAGGAAUUUAUGAUGGCCAUGGAGGUCCAGAAGCUGCCCGAUUUGUAAAUGAGCAUCUUUUCGAAAAUAUCAAGAAGUUUACAUCAGAGACCAACGGAAUGUCUGCAGAUGUUAUCACCAAAGCAUUUUUGGCAACAGAAGAAGCAUUUCUUUCUCUAGUGCAGCAGCAGUGGCAAAAUAAGCCACAAAUUGCUUCUGUUGGUGCAUGUUGUUUGGUUGGUAUAGUGUGCAGCGGGCAUCUAUAUAUUGCAAAUGCUGGGGAUUCUCGAGUGGUGUUAGGAAGAUUGGACACGUCUAAUAAGGAGGUCAAAGCUGUUCAGCUAUCAUAUGAGCACAAUGCAAGCAUGGAAUCAGUGAGAGAGGAAUUGCAGUCUUUGCAUCCAGAUGAUCCACAGAUUGUGGUAUUAAAGCACAAGGUUUGGCGUGUGAAGGGUCUGAUUCAGGUUUCAAGAUCAAUAGGUGAUGCCUAUUUGAAGAGGGCAGAAUUCAACAGAGAGCCUCUGUUAGCUAAAUUUAGAUUGCCUGAACCCUUUGAUAAGCCAAUUCUUAAAGCUGAGCCCACAAUUUCAGUGCAGAAACUAUGUCCUGAGGAUCAAUUUCUUAUAUUUGCAUCAGAUGGCCUAUGGGAGCACUUAAGCAAUCAAGAAGCUGUUGACAUUGUCAACAAUUGCCCACGUAAUGGCAUUGCAAGAAAACUUCUCAAAGCUGCUCUUCGUGAAGCAGCAAAAAAAAGAGAAAUGAGAUACUCAGACCUGAAAAAGAUUGAUCGUGGUGUGAGGAGACAUUUUCAUGAUGAUAUUACGGUUAUAGUUUUGUUCCUUGAUUCACAUCUAAUCAGUCGCAGCUCCUUCCGCGGUCCUCUGCUUUCAAUCAGAGGAGGUGGUAACUCUGGAAAUGGCAGCACAUAGUUCAAGAGGUUAUAAAUACCCAAUGCUUAACCUCAUUUUCUUCAUUUGUAUUAAGAUUCUUUUUUUCUUUUUCCGAAGAGGAGAGUUUAAGGAAAGAAUUCUUUUUUCCCUUUUCUUUUCUUUUUCUUUUUUUUUCCCUUCUUUUUCCUACUGUAUAGCCACGCUCCUCGGAAACUUACUUGAAGAAGUCAUAAAGAGAACUCCAUAGAUAGUAGAGAACUGAUGCCUGGACAGAGAGAUGCCUCAGGGUAUUGGUUGUCGUCUGGUUAUUGGCAUUUUAUACUUGAUGAGCUAUUCCUCAUUAGAGCUAUGGUUUUACUCUACUGCCUCAAGAAUUAUAUAAAUGGGUGUUGCCAUUGCUAUUGAUAUGAAAUUUAACCAAUGAAAUAUUUUACAGUUUCAGUUCUUUUGGUUGCCCCUAUAUGUUUGUUCACGGCUGAUAUCUGAUAUUUAUAUGCGUGUCUGCAUUUUCUUUUU